AUGGGUGCGGAUUAUGCGCUCGUACACGUCAAGUACACGAUUCCCCCCGCGCUGUUCCUGACCGCGCUCUACCGACCGCUGCAGACGCACUUGGACACUUGCAAGAUUGUCUUUCUCCUGACGAUCGCGGUUCUCUCGACUAUCCCUUGGGACUCGUAUCUGGUCUCCGCUGGAAUAUGGACCUACCCUCCCGACGCCGUCUUGGGCUACACGCUGUUCAAGAUCCCCGUCGAGGAGGUCUUCUUCUUCUUCGUGCAGACGUACAAUACGACGAUGAUCUACCUACUAUGCAAUAAGGCGACUGCCCACGUGGCAUACCUGAGCGAGAUCAAUGAGCAGGCGAACAGGUGGCGAGUCAGGAGGCAGAGGUCCAUCGGUGCGGUGGUUGCGGCAGCGCUGGCCUACGGUAUUGUCAAGGCGGUGGGGAUGGUGAGCAGCGGUGGUGAGGGGAAGUAUAUGGGACUGCUCAUAGCUUGGGCUGGACCAUUCGUGUUGACGCUGUGGUGUAUCGCGUACCGGCACAUUCUGUCGCUGCCAUUGAGGUGCACGGCGUUCCCAAUUUUGCUGCCCACUGUUUACCUGUGGGGAGUUGACACGCUGGCGCUGCGGCGCGGAACGUGGGCGAUCUCGACUGGUACGAAGCUGGGGAUUGAGCCGUGGAGUGGAAUGGAGAUUGAAGAAGCAGUGUUCUUCCUGGCAACAAACGUCCUCAUCGUAUUCGGCCUCGUCGCAUUCGAUUACGCUGUCGCACUUACCACAGCGUUCCCGACCCUCUUCCCCGAUAUUCGUAGCGUUACUCCCUUCAGAACGCUCUUCGCCUAUGGGGCGCGGGCAUUGUUCACCCGCCGCUUCCCCAGAGACGAGUACUGCGCACUUCCGGCAUCAAUCGAUAUACUUAGGCGCAAGAGCCGGAGUUUCUACAUGGCCAGCAGCGUUUUCGAGGGCAGAUUGAGACUCGACCUGAUCUCGCUGUACUCAUUCUGUCGGGCUGCCGACGACCUGAUCGACGACGCCCCAGAACCGGCUCGCUCCCUCGAGCGUCUCCAGCAACUGCUGGCUCUCAUGUACGACCCGAAGCGUAGCAGCGUCGAUCUCGAGAACUUUGUCCACUCGAUGUUCCCCGCCUGGGCGCACACGCCUAUCCUCUCCCUCCCAUACACCAAGAUCCCGCGGCGGCCGCUCGAGGAGCUCCUCGAGGGCUUCCACACGGACAUGACGUUCCCGGCGCUCGACACGGAGAAGAAGACGUGGCCGAUCCAGACUGAAAACGACCUACACACGUACGGCCACCGCGUUGCGGGCACCGUGGGCGAAAUGUUCUGCCACCUGGUAUUCUACCACUCCGCGGACGUCACCACGCCCACGGACCUAUCCGACUACCUGGCCAACGCGCUGAAGAUGGGCAUCGCACUGCAAUACGUAAACAUCGCCCGCGAUAUCGCCAAGGACGCGCAGAUCGGCCGCGUUUACAUUCCCGCCACGUGGCUCUCGCAGGCGGGCGUGACCGAGCAGGACGUCCUCGACCGUCCGGAAGACGUGGCGGCGGAGUUUGGGCUCAGGCGCAGACUGCUCGAGGCCGCGGAGGUGAUGUAUGCGGAGAGCAGAGCGGCCAUCGAGGGACUGCCGCUCGAGGCGAGAGGCGGCGCCAGAGUCGCCGUCGAGGGGUACAUGGAUAUCGGCCGACGAAUGAAUGCCGGCCGCUGGAAACGAGGGAAGAUCGCGAGGAUGGCGAGGGCUUGGUGGCUCAUGAGGGGGUAG